AUGGUCGAUUUUGUGGCGAAUUAUUGGGAAACGCUUCGCGAUCGCACGCCGCUUCCCGACGUCAAGCCGGGCUUCUUGACGAGCCUGGUGUCGGACCGCGCGCCGGACACACCCGAAGACUGGUCGGCGAUUUUCGACGACAUCGAGAAUGUGGUGGUGAACGGCGCGACGCAUUGGCAACACCCGCGCUUCUUCGCCUACUUCCCGACGGCGUGCAGCUAUCAGUCGAUAAUGGCCGACAUUCUGAGCGGCGGAAUUGCCGGCAUCGGCUUCACAUGGAAGUCGUGUCCGUCGAUGACCGAGCUCGAAAUGCGUUCGCUUGAUUGGCUGGUGGAUCUUCUCAAUCUUCCCGAGCACUUCAAGAACUCGCACAACGGGCCCGGUUGCGGAAUCAUCCAGAGCACUGCCAGCGAUAGCACGGCAAUUGCGAUACUGGCAGCCAGAGCCGCUCAGGUUGAGAAGAUCAAGCAGCAGACGCCCAAGUUGCUGGAAUGGAUGGCGCAAACCGACCUCGGAAAAACGGUGACUUCAAUUUUAGGACGAAUUAACAAGACCGAACCUGAUGACGUCAUCGUUCCCUAUUACCACGAUCCUUCGGUUUUUGAGAAAUUCAUAAUGUACUGUUCGGACCAAGCGCACAGCUCGGUUGAGAAAGGCGCAAUGCUGGCUGGAGUGCGACUCCGCAAACUUAAGGCCUCAAGGGGCCUCCGCGACAAUUAUGGAAUUGCCGCCGACACUUUGCGGGCCGCCAUUCAGGAGGAUCGCGCUCGAGGCUACGUCCCGUUCAUGCUUCUGGCUACCAUUGGAACCACAUGCUCAUGCGGUGUCGAUCAAUUGGACCAAUUGGGUCCGAUUUGCGAGGCUGAAGGAUUAUUCCUUCACGUCGACGCCGCCUACGCGGGCAGUUUCGCCUUCUGUCCGGAAUUCGCCUAUCUUCUCAAAGGCAUCGAGUACGCCGACUCGUACAAUUUCAACGUGCACAAGGCGGGAAUGGUCAAUUUCGAUUGUUCGCCGAUGUGGUUGAAGAAUGGAACCCAAAUUGCCAAGUUUUUCAAUGUCGAUGCGUUGUAUCUCGCGCAUGAGUACCAAUCGACCGCCUCGGAUUAUCGGCAUCUUCAAAUCGCGCUCGGUCGACGCUUCCGCUCAUUGAAAAUCUGGUUUGUAUUGCGCAAUUUGGGUGUGGAGAAGAUUCGAGAGUAUUUGAGGAGGAUUAACGACCUUGGCCGAAUGUUCGCCGAGCUUAUCGUAGAGGACGGCCGAUUCGAGUUGUUCGUGCCACCGCACAUCGGCCUCACUUGUUUCAGAUUGAAAAACUCGACCAACGCGGACAAUGAAAAAUUGUGCAAUGCGAUCAACGAUGAUCGCCGCAUCCAUCUGGUACCAUCAAAUGUCCAAGGGACCUUCUUCAUUCGCCUCGUCGUGUGCAGCCAAUUAGCCACGGCGGCCGACAUAAUUUUCGCGCGCGACGUGAUCUACGAGCUCGCCGAUGCGCUCAAUUAA